GAGCUGCAGCUCAGCCAGUUGUUGCUCACACGUCGGGGGAGGUGGACGUGUCGCCGCCACGCUGACUAAACCUUCUUAAUUGGGGGGAAAAAAUAAACACUCGAAGAUAUUUUAACUAUAAUAUUUUUUUUGAUGUUAAGGGUAGCUACUUAAGGAUGGUAGAGCCAGUCGCGCGUGGGAGUGCGACAGUAUGGUGGCACCAUGGUUAUGGUAUCCGAUGUUGGCUGUGAGGUGUGUAGUAGACGACUGACGUGGGAGAGAAAAAUCUGCUAUUUACUACAUACACCAAGACAAUUAAGAACUCAAUACUCACUCUUCAUCACCUCGAAUCUCACUAUUUAAACGCAAGAGUUAAGUUAAAUGUGGUCGAGUAGAGGGUGCGUGUUGUUAAAACUGAAAACUCUAGAGUGUGUCGGGUAACUGGUCUUGUGUGUAACACCCUGAGCUGUGAGUGGGGCAAGAAGACGCUUGGUGUUGUGAUCUACCUGCUGAAGCUUCACUCUCUUGUACACAUCAUGGAGAGAGCAGCUGUAACCUGAUACCUUUGAGGUGCCACAUUAUUCUUAAACACAAUGAGGUGAAGCUCUUUAUUACGGCUACCCAUACAAUUGACGUUCUUACUUUUUUUUUUCUCCGGUUGAAAGAUUCUUGUGAGUGGUUGGAGGGUGGUGGUGAGUGCCUGACUCACAGCUUCUUGUGACACUGUGCCAGACAAGGAGACGCUUGAGCUGACUCACUCGCCCUCACCACACACUCACACCUCACCUCACCCUCUAGUCUAGGGAAACCCAGACAGCGUGGAGAGAGUCCCUAGCUUCCAACAGUGUCGCUACUGUGUGAAUUGCACACUGUAACUGGUCCUCGUUGACGCUUCGUAGCUGUUAUGAAAAGGUUUACAUAUGGUGAUCAGUUUUAGUCGAAUAUAUAGUGUGGUAUGAGGAGAGUGCACAGGCUGGAAGUGGCAGGACCAAGAGCUACGAACUACCCUUCCCACCUCGUUCCGAAACUUUAAAGACGUGAAAGACUGCUCCUUCUAACGCCGUAACCUCCAGCCAUCUAGCACCACCACGCUGUACCACCCACUAUCAAUAACCACUAAGUGAUUUGGGCUAAGAGGACCACCGCCACCCCCACACACCGCAAACACCACCACACCCUAGUAAGGAUACACGACAGAAGCUGUUAGCCGACACAGCAACCACUCCAGGGAGAGAUAACUGAGUGUAUCCGCAAAGAGCCAACCGUCAAUGCUUUAGUGUGUAGCUGUCUCAUAGUGGUCAUUGUGGUUAGUGGUGGAGGACGUGUUAGUGGAGUCUGGAGCCUCUUGUUGCUCUACGCUUGCGUAUUCCCUAACAUUUCAGAAACAAACAUUGGUGGAGACUUAGAUAUUCUGUAUACACACGACUGAUGUUACAUUUGUCUUAAUAAUGUCACAAAUGAAAUAUAGAACUUUAUCCUUAAAAACUGACAAAGGUAAUGAAAGAGAAUAUAUCAAUUAAUAUAUUAGAUAAGUAUAUAUUUUGUAUAGGAUUAAGAUGAAUUUUUUGGUGUGGAAGUACUGAGUGUGUAGCGAGCUGAGGAGCCAGACAAGUACAUAUUCGCUCCUACAUUAUACUAGUCUGCUUAUUUAGAUGGUAACGUAAGAUAUACAUUAUAUGUGCACAAGAUUAUAAACUAUAUAAUAUGCUUUUAGUAAGAGGUCUUUGCGCUAGAUAUUUAUGUUUCAAGCACGCAUCAUCUUGGUAAUUGCAACUUGUAUUAACACACGAGAUCCAGAAGGUAAAAUUAAUCAAGAGAGGACACCGUAUAUAUGAAAAUAGUUGGAGGGACCGGGAAGCACAAGAUCUCGCCUCGACGUUUUCUACAGCAAGGUACAGUCACGUAGCUACAGGAGCUGAGAAGAACCAGCCUCCUUUCAUCUCCCCUCACCUGCAAGUCCUCACCUACAGGGAUACAAGGAUAGAGCGAGGGUACUUAGGGGUCACUUCAGUGCCUGUGUAAACCAUCACCCAAUAUUGGUGGUGAUCGUCACGAUGAAAUUGUCUGGGAUCCUCUGUGUGGUCGUCGUCUUGGUCGUGGUUGGUGUACUCACCAGCGGGGCUCAGGGUCUCAUGUUCCUGCCGUCUUUGGGUGAUCCUUGCAGCGACAACAUUGACUGCACCAGCGGGUGCUGCCUCAUGACCGGACAUAGGCACCGACGGCCCAUAGGCGUAUGUCAGUCUCUCAGACAGAUUGGCGAGUACUGUGCUCCAGGGACCCGCCUGAGGAACUACUAUGGCUCACGGGUAUACACGUACUCUUGCCCCUGUGGUGCAGGACUCACUUGUAAGCCCAAGUGGUCAUCCAUGCUCUAUGGUCGGAGUGUGAUGGAAGAUCCAAAGUGUAUGCCAGAAACUAUGCAUCCAUAUGUCCUAGCAAUGAAGGGUUAUGGUUACAACAUGAACAACAGACACACAAAUUCAAUUAAUAUUGUUCCUGCUGAGUAAUGUCUUAAAAUGAAGAAACAGUGGGUGUACACAAACAAAAGUAUCCUUGAAAGACAGUGAUGUCUGCUGCAUUUAUGAGACUUGCAUAUAUAGAUAUAUGCAGUUGCUGUAUAUGAAAUAUGCACUUAUAGUAAAGGUAUGGUAAAAACAUUUUCAGGUACUAUGUAUAUUUGAAUGAGUCAAAAUGCACAUCCUUAUACAUAUACUUACUGUACAGUGUAUCACUUGUACGUUAAAUAUUUAUUAGUAUAAAAAACAUUUAUCUUAAAAUUACUAUUUAGUGCACUUUAAACUGUCCAAAUGUAGAUCUACGUUCACAGGCAUAGAGCUACAUUUUUUUUUUUUUACAUAAAGCAUGUAAAAUUGAACGUAGAUCUACAUUUGGAGUGCUACACACGUGAACGUAGAUCAACAUUUGGACAGUUUAAGGGUUAAAUUACUUCUACCAAGUCUUGCAUUUUGUUAAAUUACCUUUUCAUAGGUCUGUUUUUAAGUUUGUAUGUUUAGUAUACAUUUUUAUCUGGAGAAAAUUUCACUAAUACAAAAUAGUUCUUUCAAUGAUUAUGGAGAUAUUAAUCUACUCUCCUUGCCAUUUUAGUUCCUGCCUCCAAGUGCCUUGAAUUCAGAUUCCAGCAUGCAUUGGGAAAAUUUUAAUUGUGGCUUCAAGAAACAAGCUCCAGUAGUUGGUAACUUGAUCCUGGUAAAUGUCAUACAGAAUUAUAAUCAUAGUGUUAAACCCACAGGCAUCAUUCAGUGCUGUAAGAUAAUGGGGCCAGAAAUAUAAGUAGCAGUCAUUUAGAAGCAGCUACUUUUUGAUCACUUGAUGUAAAUGGUAAUGACUGUAAAUUGGAACUAGUUAAUGUCUCAGUGUAAAAAUAAAGAUAUUUUUGAUUAUACAGUACCUCUGAGCCAUUGGAAAUGAGCUAUAUUUUCAUAUAUACUGUAAUUAUAACCUCCUUGAACUUGUACUGCAUUUUAAUUAAUAAAAGCACAAAACUG